UUCAAGCACAAAGCUUUAGCACAACUGAAAAAAUGACUUAUCUCAAUCAAAUAUAUCCAUCAGAGCAAAGUCGGAGAAUAAAUAGAAUCAACAAAGUUUGCAAAGAAAAAGACAUAUUUCGGAAUCCUAUAUACAAAGGUAAAAACAGUACUUUUUACUACUAUUCACCAACUUACAACUUUACAUAUUGUAAGGUGACAAAGUCAGGAUCGACAUUUUGGAUGCAAAUCUUUAACAUUUUAGAGAACGGAGUGGAAAAUACAGAAGAACUUUUUUCGGAAGGAAGAACGCUUGUUCACUAUUUGGCAAAUAAAUUUACUGUAAAGAUAGAGAGUCAUGUAAGAAAAAAAUCUCUGUCCGUCAUUGUGUCACGUGACCCGUUUAGUCGUCUGUUUUCAGCGUUCAUAGACAGAUCAUAUUUGUUUUUAGAUGACGAUGUCAACAAAAAUAUUCUGCAGCUUAGGCCGACAUGGGUAAACAAAUUGUGUCCUGAUGACAUCACAUUUAAGGAGUUCUUGGAUUUUAUCAUUCUUAAAGUGGAAAUGGGACAGACAUUAAAUCGCCACUGGGCACCAAUUUAUAAUCUAUGUCGUCCGUGUGAUGUAAGCGCUUAUAUACUUGUGAAACAAGAAAGCUUUUCAAAAGACGUAGAGCAGGCAUUGAAAGCUUUCAGUGUACCUGAUGAAAAGCUUGACACGAUUCUAUCAGCGUUACAUGAACUCAAAAUUGAAACAACUAUACCAGGAAUCGUCCAAACAGUCCUCAAUAGAAAUAAGAUAACGAAAAAUGGAACAUGUGUGUGUGGCCAAAAAUUAAUACAAAGAAUAUGGACCGCUUUUAAAAUACAAGGGUACUUGAAAGUUACAAUUAAGUUUCCGAGAAAACUGUUUAAUAGUAGCGGUCAGUAUGACAACACAUCUUAUGUCUCAGAAGUUAUACUUGCUGCUAUAAAAAGAAAUAAAAUGACGUCAUCAGAAAUGAAACGACAACGUUAUAAAGCGUUAGUAGACGCAUACAAGAAAAUAAGAAAUGAAACUUUGACACAAAUUGUUGACAUUUACAAAUUCGAUUUUAAAAUGUUUAAUUAUUCUACAAUUGCUCCUCAUUAACCACUUAAUUCCACCUGUCUGAUACUGAGUUGUGUAAC